AUUCCGGGUGAAGGUAAAGGUGGAUGUUGUGCACAGACUAUUCAUUAAGUACCAAAUUAAUAGCUGCGGGUGAGAGCGUUACGGUGUAAUAGACCGAGAGUUGUGUAUGAUCUUGCUUAGUUAAUUACAUGUCACAAACGUAUUCGUAUAUUAAGAUUAUUAUUAUUUAACGUGUGUGGUUGAGCAUGAGUGCAGUUAGAAAGAAAUCACAUGGAGCAAGCUGGUGGACUUUAUUCUCUAAUUUUCUUAUGAACUAUCUAUCAUUAAUUGCAAAAAGGAGACUUGUCAAUUUUCGCUAAGGCCAACAAAUUGUUCUAUGAAAUAGUUAUAUAUAUAUUUAGUAGGUUCAUAUGCUGUAAUAUACAAUACAUGUACAGUAUUACUAUUUGAAAAUCCAAUAGUAAUAGCAAUAAAGUUUAGCGAUAAAUGACUUUAAUGACUGUUGUUUUCCACCACUAAGGCACAUGGCAACGUUGCAUUUUUAAUGCAUCUCCCCUGCUGAGCAAGUCCUUGUGGCCAUUCAGAUGUUGUAGCUCUCCAUAACCACAGCAGCUAGAAACCUUCCAUUCCACUUUUGCCGCGAUUAAAACACUACCUAAGAGACAAACUUUCACUUUUUUUUCACAAAUUAAGGAUCCACAGUGGUCAGUAAUGCUUAUCAGCAAACCACUGAUAACUUGAAAGAAAUGAAAAUGCAACGGUUUUCAUUAUACUGAAAACAACCACAGCACAAGAUUCCGAAAACUGUGGGCACCAAUGGCAACCAAAGGUAAUGUUAAACCAUGGAUCGCCUUCGUAGGGAAUGGAACAGCUUACCUGAAAGUAACUUAAUCAUUUUAGUUGUCAUUAUAGUUGAUUCAGCAGGCAUCUCAUUACUCUCUUGCAUUUAUAAUGCAUCUUGCUUGCUUGCAUCUUGGUUUGCUGUUAUAUGAUAUGUGAAUCUUGUUACCUUGUGCAAUUAAGAUAAAAGACAUAAUGCAUUAUUUUUUAGACAUUGCAGAGUCAUGUCUUAAUAAUGCUCCUAUUUACCCUUUCAGCAUUAUAGUUAAAUAUAUAAAUGUAUAAAUAUAGCAAGAAUACUAUUUUAUUAUGCUAUUAAUUUUUGUUGAUUCCAGUUGUGAGUGGAACAACUGUCAUUGUCCCCCUCAGCUGAAGAUGAGUCCAAAUAAGAUUGUCAAGCUAAAAAAGACUCACAAUACAAAGGUUUUCACGGUAUUUCUAAAAUUUGCAUAUUUGUUAUUUUCCGAAUUCACGGUUGCAUUGUGCAUUUUUCUCUAGAGGGCAAACAGUGGUGGGAUCCAUAUGAAACAUCCAACAGAAGACAAUUCAUCUGCCAUCCAAAGUCGGCAGCAGAGAUUCUGCUGCCCAACGUCAACUUUUGUAGACUCCUCUUCGAAGUCUGGAGCUCUUGGUUCAACGGUGUACAACAGGGAUUUUGGCUGGAAGCCGCCCUGUAAACCUGAAUGCAUUCGCACAGGAACGGCUUCGGGGCAGAGGAGAAACAACCCGCACCCCAGUCAGUCUUUCCUGAAGUGGAGCCUGCCUGGGGAUGCCACACAAAGCUCUGAGUAUGUUGUCUUCCCUCGCGAAUGUCACCCAUCUGAGGGGGAGAUCCGUAUGGCUUUGACAGCACAGUACAGCUCCAUCUACAGAUGUGACUACGCGGGUAUGCCGCAAGGUAUGACAAGACACAAUCAUCGUAAUAACGGAGAAGUUAGAAUUGCACCUUGGCAGAGCAGGCCGGAAGUGCCCCUUCCUGCCGAUACCGAGAUGAGGGAGAAUUAUCGCCAGCCAAAGCAAAAGCCUGGACUGCAGAGGAACUACUCUCCUUACAGCUGCAGCGCCCCCAGCAUGGGAUGCUGUGGUAUAGUUCCCACUGUGGUGCAGAGACACGCUCAGCAGAAAAGAUCACAUUUGACAAACUAUGACAGGUUUUGCGGAAAGACAGACACUAAUGUCCCAAAUAUGAUCAAGUCUCUGCUGCCCCAGGAGCUGCAGCACUUACACAGAACUUUACCUGAGGAGGUAAAGGAGGCUUUAAAACCGGUCACGAGGAUCGAUGCUCAUCCAAACACUGGGGAUGAAGUAAACAAACUCCCACCAGUUGAGCUUCAUUCCUGCUCACCAAAGGGGAUAUCAAGUUGGACAGGACCCUUCUGAAUCUUAUUGCUUAUGAUAGUUUGUCGUUUUAUAUCUUUUUUGUUUUAUGCUAGGGAGGCAAACUGUAAUAAACUUUAAUGGUGCACUCAGCAGAUUUCCCCAAGUGUUUCUGCGACAACCACUGCCGAUUUAAUUCAUCAAAAUUCUGUCUUUCUGAAUGUUUGGUCAUAAUUGUAGCUUUUUAAAAUUGCUAUUACAUUUGAAUGGCAGAAAAAACACAAUGGUUGAAUAUGCGACAGCGAAGAAAACCAGCUCAAUUUCACGAAAUACUAUACACAUAAUCUGCUUUUCAAAAAAAAAAUUACGAUGCAAGCCCUAAAAUUAGUCCCACUGUUUACUAAAACAAUGACAGCUAACAUUGGGGCCUUUUUAUAAAAGCAUUUGUUAGCUAUAGAGUUGGAGUAAUGUAUGCUUUCUUUUACUUUAUGUACUAAAUGAUGUCUGUAUUGCUUUAAAAAAUAGUUUCAAGGGAUUUGAGGUGUUCUGCCGCUGGUUUGUGCGGUUGUGUAGAUUGUGCGUAGUGUCUUGACAAAAUUUUCCUUUUUUUCCAAAUAGUACCAAAGCAAUGUAAAAAAACGCAACAGCUCUCUGACCUUAUCUAUCCUGUUUGCAGAUGAUAUCAAGACAGAAUAAAAUGCGUUGCAUUCAUCUAACAGGUUCUCUCUCUACAGAAUAACACAUGGACAUUUUAAAUGAUUCUGUCUUGCGUUGUGAAUUAAUGUUAUGCCAGUCUUUCCAAACAGAAUAAUAUAUUUAUAAAUUUGUCAUUUAUCCAUUCUGUUGCAAUGAAAAUGAACGAUGGCCUGAAAUGAUCAACUAAAGGAUUAAAGUACAAUCAAAACUG